GAUAGGAGAGGGCCAGAGCCCGACAUGAGGGGUGAUAGGAGAGGGCCAGAGCCYGACAUGAGGGGUGAUAGGAGAGGGCCAGACAUAUGGGAUGAUGGAAGAGGUCCAGGACCAGACAUGACAGCUCCUGAAAUGCCAGCCCCAGAUCCAGAUAUGAGAAGUCCAGACAUGAGAGUGGACCACUUCACACCAACAGCUAACUUUGGAGGACAGAGACCAACAUCGACUCAUUUCAGCAGUCCAAGGAUGAUCUCACCUGUUCACAGAGGACAUUUUGAGGAUCAAAGGGGAGUACAUCGUCCUGGUUUACGCCCCAGGGGUCCUCGUCCUUCGAGGUUCAACCAGCCCAGAGGCUCAUAUCCAGGGCACUUCCCAGGGGUGCAACCACGGUUCUGUUUCGAUGGUCGACAGGGAGUGGUAAGACCUGCUCAUGCCUCGCUGGUAACACCAAGGGAGCACAGUAUACAGAGCCCAUCAGAAAUUCUGAUAGAAACCCAGAUACCCUCACAAGGUCCUCCCCACAUGGCUUCUCCAAACAACAAGGGGGAGCGGUCCAGCAGUUUAGAGAGGAGAGAUCCUGAUAUUGGGGAGGAAAGGAGAAACCCAGGGUCAGACAUCAGAGGUCCAGAUAUGAUGGGACCAGGGCCUGACAUGAGGGGUGAUAGGAGAGGACCAGGGCAAGACAUGAGGGGUGAUAGGAGAGGACCAGGGCCAGACAUGAGGGGUGAUAGGAGAGGGCCAGGGCCAGACAUGAGGGAUGAAAGGAGAGGGCCAGAUAUGAUGGGACCAGGGCCAGACAUGAGGGGUGAUAGAAGGCCAGGGCCAGACAUGAGAGAUUCAGGGCCAGACAUGAGAGAUUCAGGGCCAGACAUGAGAGAUUCAGGGCCAGACAUGAGAGAUUCAGGGCCAGACAUCAGAGGGCCAGGUCUAGUGCCAGACACAAGGGGUGAUGGGAGAGGGCCAGGGACAGACAUGAGGGGUGAAAGGAGAGGUCCAGGGCCAGACAUGAGGAGUGAUGGAAGAGGUCCAGGGCCAGACAUGAGGGGUGAUGGGAGAGGUCCAGGGCCAGACAUGAGGGGUGAUGGAAGAGGUCCAGGGCCAGACAUGAGGGGUGAUGGGAGAGGGCCAGACAUGAGAGAUCCAGGGCUAGACACAAGGGGUGAUAGGAGAGGUCCAGGGCCAGACAUGAGAGGUCCAGGGCCAGACAUGAGGUGUGAUAGGGGAGGUCCAGGGCCAGACAUGAGAAAAUCCCAGGGCCAGACAUCAGAGGGCCAGACACAAGGGGUCAUAGGAGAGGUCCAGGGCUAGACAUGAGGGGUCCAGGGCCAGACACAAGGGUGAUAGGAGAGGUCCAGGGCCAGACAUGAGGGGUCCAGGGCCAGACGUGAGGGGUGAUAGGGAGGUCCAGGGCCAGACAUGAGGGUUCUAGGCCAGAUAUGAGGGGUCCAGGGCCAGACGUGAGGGGUGAUAGGGGAGAUCCAGGGCCAGACACAAGGGGUGAAAGGAGAAGGCCAGACAUGAGAGAUCCAGGUCUAGGGCGAGACACAAGGGAUGACAGGAGAUGGCCAGGGCCAGACAUCAGAGGGCCAGACACAAGGGGUGAUAGGAGAGGGCCAGACAUCAGAGGUCCAAGGACAGAUAUGAGGGGUGAUAAAAGAGAUCCAGGGCCAGACAUGAGAGAUCCAGGGCCAGACAUGCAGGGUCCAGGGCCAGACAUGCAGGGUCCAGGGUCAGACAUGAGAGAUCCAGGGCCAGACAUGCAGGGUCCAGGGCCAGACAUGAGAGAUCCAGGGUCAGACAUGCAGGGUCCAGGGCCAGACAUGAGAACUCCAGAGCCAGACAUGAGAACUCCAGAGCCAGACAUCAGAGGGCCAGGUCUAGGGCCAGACACAAGGGGUUAUAGGAGAGGGCCAGGGCCAGACAUGCGGGGUCCAGGGCAGACAUGUGGGGUGAUAGGAGAGGGCCAGGGCCAGACAUGAGGGUUGAUAGGAGAGGACCAGGGCCAGGCAUGAGGGGUCCAGAGUCAGAUAUCAAAGGACCAGGUCUAGGGCCAGACAAAGGGUGAUAGGAGAGGGCCAGGGCUAGACAUGAGGGGUAAUCGGAGAGGGCCAGGGCCAGAUAUGAGGGGUCUAGGGCCAGGCAUGAGACGGCCAGGGCCAGACACAAGGGGUGAUAGGAGAGGGCCAGGGUCAGAGAUGAGGGGUCCAGGACCAGACAUGAGAGAUCAAGAGCCAGACAUCAGAGAGCCAGGUCUAGGGCCAGACACAAGGGUUGAUAAAGGAGAGGGACGGGUCCAGACAUGAGAGGGACAUGGCCCGAAACAAGGGGUGAUAGGAGAGGGCCAGGGAAAGACUUGAGGGGUCUAGGGCCAGACAUGAGAAGGUCAGGGCCAGACACAAGGAGUGAUAGGAGAGGGCCAGGUCAAGACAUGAGGGGUCCAGGACCAGACACAAGAGAUCAAGAGCCAGACAUCAGAGAGCCAGGUCUAGGGCCAGACAAAAGGGGUGAUAAGAGAGGGCCAGACUUGAGGGGUCUAGAGCCAGACAUGAGAGGGCCAGGGCCAGACACAAGGGGUGAUAGGAGAGGGCCAGAGCCAGACAUUUGGGGUCCGGGACCAGACACGAGAGAUCAAGAGCCAGACAUCAGAGGGCCAGGUCUAUGGCCAGAUACAAGGAGUGAUAGGAGAGGGCCAAACAUGAGAGAUCCAGGGCCAGACAAGAGGGUGGUUAGGAGAGGGUCAGCGCCAGAAAUGGAAGUUCCAGGGCCUGAAACAAGGGGUGAUAGGAGAGCGCCAGGGACAGACAUGAGGGGUCCAGGACCAGACACGAGAGAGCAAGAGCCCGACAUCAGAGGGCAGGGUUUAGGGCCAGAGAAGAGGGGUGAUAGGAGAGGGCCAGGGCCAGAUAUGAGGGGUGAUAGAAGAGGGCCAGACAUGUGGGAUGAUAGGAGAGGGUCUUCACCAAACAUGAGGGGUCCAGGGCCGGACAUGAGCGGUGCAGGACCAGACAUGUGGGAUGAGGGUAGAGGGCCAGAUAUGAGAGGUCCAGGGCCAGACAAGAGGGGUGAUAGGAGAGGGCCGGGGUCAGACAUGAGAGGGCCAGAUAUGAGGGGUGAUAGGAGAUGGUCAGGGCCAGACAUGAGCGGUGCAGGACCAGACAUGUGGGAUGAGAGUACAGGGCCAGAUAUGAGAGGUCCAGGGCCAGACACAAGGGGUGAUGGGAGAUGGCCAGGGCCAGACUCAAGGGGUGAUGGGAGAUGGUCAGGGCCAGACAUGAGGGGUGAAAGGAGAGGGCCAAACAUGAGAGAUACAGGGCCUGACACGAAGGGUCCAGGGUUAGACAUGGGUCAAGAAAUGCGAGCCCAAGAUCCAGACAUGAGAAGUCCAGAUAUAAGAGGAGAUCACUUCACAACAACAACAAAUCAUUUUGGAGGAUCAAGGGGAGUACAAAGUCCUGGUUUCCAUGGCCCCAGGGGUCCUCGUCCCUCGAGGUUCAACCAGCCCAGAGGCUCAUCUCGAGGGUAUUUCCCAGACAAUGGGGGGCAGCCACGGUUUGACGGUCCACGGCUAGUGGUAAGACCGUUGAGGCCUAAAGGAGGUUUACUCCCCACUCCCCCGGAGGGUCUCAUGAGUUUGCCGAACAACAGCCCGGAUGCUUUUAGAGAAGACCAUUGGCGGAACAGUCAGUCGCCUGAUACGAGGAGAACAAGCCUACCCAUAGAAGACUGUGAAAUGAGAAACUAUGGAGACAGAGAAAACAACUCUGAAGAACGUGGCCGUGGUGUUAACCCCCGAGACAGGGUUAACUUCCACGGCACAGCGCCCUGCUUGUCCCAGGAGAGGCAGUUGCCUGAGGACAAUGGGAGAGAGCGGGGUGGCAGUCAUGGAAGACAGUGGGACAGGGGGACAGGUAGGCUUGUGAGUAGGGAGAGAGAAAGGGUUAGAGGGAGUGAAGUAGACAGGCCCAGAGAGGAGGUAGAUGAAAAGCAAAAGACACCCAUAGAAAAGGACAGAGACAUUGGCAGAGCCACAAGCAGAGAAGGAGAGGCAAACAGAGGAGGUGUUAGUCUGCACAACCGUUCACUCUCAAAAGACAAUGACCGAGACAUUUUAAAGGAUGGAAGUGGAAAGAAAGAAGAACAAAUGGAGGGAAAGGGUAAAACGGUUGAAUUAACAGAAACGCCGCAGGUAGACACGCCCCAGGUAGACACGCCCCAGGUAGACACGCCCCAGGAGAGCAAAGGGCCUGUUUGACUGGAGACUACUGUUCACAGAAAUGCAUGGACUAAGUUUGAAAUUGGUUCAGUUCAUAAUGUACUACGUAGUCGUUUUCACUACAUUAUUAAACACCCUUAACUUUUUGAAUGUCAUGACUGAACGUACCUUGUUUCAUUCAAUUUAGUUUUAAAAUUGUACAAAUUAUGUGCUUUUCAGAAUUUCCAGAUUAAAACUCAUGUCAUGUCAAACAUAAUAGAUAUGUACAUUGUGUUUAUGGAUUUUUUUUUUUUUAUAAGUCCAAACCUAUUGAGCCAUACUGCUGUCAUCUAUUCACUGGUUAGAAAAAGCCUUCAUGUUGGAUCAUCUCAUGAUAAUUAUGUUUUAGAAUAAACUUUUUUUUUUUUUACUCUGUUUUAAUUUGUUGAACCGAGGCCAAUAAAAACAGUAAAGGAAUGAUCA